CCUUUGGAAGACGAACACGAUCGGGCGAAUUUCACAGCUCACACUCAUCACAUUUUGGCCGCUAUACGGGGCGUGGAUGUAGACAAGAAAGCUGUGCAAGUGCUGGUCAUUGCUCCGAGAAAAGAGGAUGUCAAACAGAUUCUGGACGAACUGCAAAAAUCCCUCUCAAGCACGAAAAUCUUGGUACACGGUUGCUGUGAACAGACCAAACUGCGAGAUGAUGGCUAUGUAUUGAGUAACGGUGUUCAUGCCCUUAUAGCAUCACCUCAGCGAGCAUGUCAUCUAUUAAGACGCCAGUUCCUGCAUACGGACACCAUAAAAGUUUUGGUAAUGGUAAAGGCGGAUGAGCUCUUCUGCACUGGUUUCAAAACUCUACUGCACGGUAUAAUCCAGUCUAUGCCUGAAAGUGUUCAGUGCGUCCUGCUAUCAGGAAAGGAACUAAUACAUGCGAGUGAAGCUGAUGACAACGCUGUAUCCCCAUACGAAAAGCUUGCCACAAGCGAACCGCGUGAACCUGUGAUAAACCGAAGACGACACAUAUGUAUUGAAGUACAAGACGAUCAACAGAGUGAGCAGUCUCGUGACUUUUGCAGAAAUAAUGUGGCUGCGAAGAAGACUCAGUUUGAAGUGCUUUGUGAUUUGUAUACGAAGUUGGAGUACGAAAAGACAGUGAUCAUAUGUAAAUGGCCGAAAAAGGCUACAUGGAUCCAGGAACACUUAGCGGCUCGAGGCUAUCGCGUAGUUUGUCUUGUUGGUAUGAAGACGAAGAAAUUUAGAGAAGAGAUGCAGAAGUUUGAGUCAUCUUCGUCAGGAGUGGUUUUGAUCACGGAGACCUCAGCUAAUCUAUUCAAAGAAAAAGAGAUCUCUGUUAUUGUCAACUAUGAAAUGCCAAGGAAAGCGAAAGGAUAUGUGGGCCGCGUGGCACCAACGGAUCUCGAGAGAGAAAGAACUGUAGUCAAUCUGGUAAAAAAUAAGCGAGAAGCAAACUUGAUGGAAACAGUUCAGUCGCAGUAUGGUAUCAGUAUCGAGCAUUUUAUGAAUCCACACUGUAUAAAGUUCUAAGUGAUCAUCAAGUGCAUGUUAUUUUGAGCAUGUGUCAUAUUCUCUGUAAAUGUAUAGUUUUAUUCUCUGCUUGAUAAAUAUGUGGUUUGAUGU